AAGAGGGAAGGAACCAGGUACUGAGAUUUAUUUUCUCCAAAAGAGGAUUGAGAGGAAUGGUUUCUGUACAUAGAGCCUGACUGGUAGAGAGAAACAGCUCCACCCUCCCCACUGACCCCAGCCCUGCCUAAACUUCCAAGGAGACCAAGCACAGAAGCUUCUGGAAAGACAGCAAGGAGAUGCCACCUAAGACCAAAGAAAAAGGGGUGAAAGCUGGGUCACAGAAGAAGAAAAAGAAUGCAGGUGCCGGUGUGGAGGCCGAAUCCAUGCACAGGCUGGCAGUGCUGGAAAAAGAGUUGCUCCAAGACCAUUUGGCUCUGCGGAGGGAUGAGGCCCGCCGAGCCAAGGCUUCUGAAAACCAGCUGAAGCAGAGGUUGCAAGGGCUGGAGGCUGAACUGGAGGGGGCCCGAAGUGAAGGGAAGGCCAUAUAUGCAGAGAUGAGCCGUCAGUGCCGGGCCCUGCAGGAGGAGAUGGAGACCCGCAGCAGGCGGCUGGAGGAAGAAGUGAGGGGCCUUCGGGAACAGCUGGAGAUGUGCCAGAAGGAGGCUGAGGCUGCAAGGAGAGAGGCCGAGGAGGUCCUCGGAGAGCGAGACCAGACUCUGGCUCAGCUUCGGGCCCAUGUGGCAGACAUGGAGGCCAAGUAUGAGGAAAUCUUACAUGGCAGCCUGGAUGGGCUCUUGGCCAAAUUGAGAGCUGUCAAGCCUCAGUGGGACAGGGAUGUGCUGAGACUCCACGCCAGGCACAAGGAGCAGCUCCGCCAGUUUGGACUCAACCCCCUGGAUCUUUGAGGCUGCAAGCCUCUAGUCUCUGGGGCUCUCUGAGGCC